UUUCUUCUCCCCAUUAGGGUUUGUACGAAACAUUAACUUCUUCUCUUUAAUGAGCACUUGUCUUUAGGGUUUCCUUGCAGGUGUACUUGAACCGUCUAACCUUGUUGAUUCAUUUCAACAAAGAUUAAUAGGACGACGUUUUCCUUUCCAUCUCUUUCCAUAUACAUCAAGGAGCUUUUGAGAAGAAAAUAUAGGUUUAAAUAUGAUGGGUGAGAGGGCAACUGAGGGUGAGAAAAUGGAGGAAGUGAUGCUUCCGGGGUUUAGGUUUCAUCCUACGGAUGAGGAACUUGUAGGGUUUUACCUGAAGAGGAAGAUCCAACAGCGGCCGCUUUCCAUCGAGCUUAUCAAGCAGCUUGAUAUUUACAAAUAUGAUCCAUGGGACCUCCCAAAGUUGGCGAGCACUGGGGAGAAAGAGUGGUACUUCUACUGCCCUAGGGACCGGAAAUACAGGAACAGCGCGAGACCUAAUCGGGUGACUGGAGCCGGUUUCUGGAAAGCCACCGGAACGGACCGGCCCAUCUAUUCGUCUGAGGGGACCAAGUGCAUAGGCUUGAAGAAAUCUCUCGUCUUCUACAGAGGUAGAGCCGCAAAGGGUGUCAAGACCGAGUGGAUGAUGCACGAGUUCCGCCUUCCUUCUCUGGUCGACCCCACUUCACAGAAUACAUUCGCAGACAAAACUAUUCCAGCCCAUGACUCGUGGGCGAUAUGCAGGAUAUUCAAGAAAACAAACUCCACAGCUCAUCAAAGGGCUAAUUUCUCCCAGCAUCAUCAUCAUCAGCAAUCUAACCUAUCUCCAGUGUCAACCGAGACCAACAUUUCCUCAGAAUCAUUAAACCCACCAAAAACUCCUCUGACUCCUCAAGUAGUCCCUUCCCAACAUCAAAACAAUGUCCCAUUCAUCCUGACAAACAUUAGGCAAGUCGAAUCGUCACCGCCCACCGACAUGUGUUCUAGCCUAGAAUUUGCCACAUCGUACAAUACCCUUAGCUCAACAUUAACGCCUGGUCUGAUCAAUAACGGACUAGACAAUUUCUUGAUUUCACCACUUCAAACAUUAUCGGAAAUGUCAUCGACGAACAAGUCCUCUUUAGUAGACUUCUCUUCCAUCCUCUUCAACAUGUCGUGUUCUGACUUCGGAGACAUCGGCAGGGUGUGCGAGGGUUUAGAUGUGUACGGUGGAUCUCAGCACCAUCAUGGCCAGUUCAACAAUGAGGAAUUGUAUCAUGUACAGAGUGACCUGCAGAGUGGCUUGAUGAAGGGCCCACAGGAAGAGGAGCAGUGGGACCGGUCCGUUGGAUUGUCGUACGGUGUGACCAAUCUGAACGGUGAGGAUGCGUGGAGGUCAAACUUGGUGGGGUGGGACAUGGGUGAAUUGUCAACGUUAUUUUCCACGAACACGACCAAGUGCUACACCUAAUUAAUUCUCUCAUGUGGCAUACGUGGAUUUGACUUUGACCGUCGUUUUUCUAGGAACCGGCGAGGUUUCGAAAAGUUCAAGAUUACAAGUAACAAGUUAGUUCGUUACAUGAGUUGUAUUUUGUAGGAUUUGUUCAUUUUAGUUUAGGACAUGAUGAAAUGUCUUUAUUUUUUUCUGUAACCCAAAUAUCAAAUCAAAUUUUCCAGCUGUGGAAAAUGUAACAAUCGUAAUUGAAUUCGUUCAAUG